AGCUACUGGUUGUCAGAAUGCCAAGAGAUACAGUUCGUAGGACUUGAGAUUAAACGGUUGCUGAUUUGUCAUCAACUUGGGAACGAGAUGUACUGUCUACUUCCUAUCUCAGAGUAACAUUCCUCUGUAAAGCAAAAAUAAGAUUAUUUCCUAGGGUUUUACUGGGGGAUAGACAUCUGACCUGAGAAUAGUAAUAGAAAAGUCGAUCGCUUUUAAUCAUUGAAGAUGGAAAAUCCAGACUCAAAAAUCACCACAUACGCACCACAGCAAGAGGAACCGGAGCAUAAAAAGCCAAGAAUGUCCACCACUACCUCCGACGAUGAAGAAACAGCCCUUGGAGAUACCACCGCAACAAAAAAGCUUAGGUACAAGCGCCGCAAAAUCGCAAUAUUCUUCGCAUACUGCGGCGUGGGUUAUCAGGGAAUGCAGAAAAACCCAGGCGCCAAAACUAUCGAAGGUGACCUUGAAGAAGCCCUCUUUCAAUCCGGUGCCGUCCCGGAACAUGACCGUGGCAUCCCCAAGCGGUAUGACUGGGCUCGCUCGGCUCGCACUGAUAAGGGCGUGAGCGCUGUGGGACAGGUGGUCUCAGGGCGGUUCUACAUCGACCCGCCAGGGCUUGUGGAACGCUUAAACUCGAAUUUGUCAUCCCAAAUUAGGAUAUUCGGGUACAAACGAGUAACGGGGUCGUUUAAUGCCAAGAAGUUCUGCGAUCGUAGAAGGUACGUGUAUUUGAUUCCCGUUUUUGCUCUUGAUCCGAGUUCGCAUCGUGAUAGGGAGAGUGUAUUGGCUAGUUUGGGGUCUGGUAACGAGCUUGUCAAGUGUUGGGAGUGUUCAGAGAGAGGGCGGAAGGUAAUUGGUGCAGUGGGUAACCGCAGUUUUGAAUCAAAAUCUUUUGUUUCUCACACAAGCAUUUCAUCGAAUGAUGGAGAUGCUAUUGUGAAAUCUGAAAUUAAAGAGGAUACUAGUGUCACUGCUGACAAUGCAGCAGAUGACGGUGAUAAUAUAAAUGCUGAAUUCGCAGAGGAAGCUAAGGUCUCUGAAAAUAAUUGUGCCCAAACACAAUCUGCAAUACCUAAGUCAAGAAUUUUAUUGAACAAUAUAGGUGCUAAUACCAAACCUGAUACUACAGAGGAACUUAUGGUGCCUGUGGACCAUGCCGAUGAUGUCAAUGCAAAAUCAGAAAGAUUAGGGGAUGAUUUGAAGGUUGGAGAAGAGAAAGUUGAUGGAGAGGAGCAAGUGAUGGAAGGAAGUGUGUUUUGUUAUGGAGAGAAGGAGAAAGAGAGGUUCAAUAGAAUACUGAGUUAUUAUGUGGGGAGUCACAAUUUCCAUAAUUUUACCACCAGGACUAAAGCUGAAGAUCCUGCUGCCCGGCGUUACAUUAUUUCCUUUGACGCAAAGACCACUGUUACUGUUGAAGGCAUUGAGUUCGUAAAGUGUGAGGUUGUAGGUCAGAGUUUCAUGCUUCAUCAGAUACGAAAGAUGAUUGGUGUUGCUGUGGCAAUCAUGAGGAACUGUGCCCCUGAGUCAUUGAUAUCAACUGCCCUACAAAAGGAUGUGAACAUUAAUGUGCCUACAGCCCCUGAGGUUGGUUUAUACUUGGAUGAGUGCUUCUUCACAUCAUAUAACCAGAAAUGGAAAGACAGCCAUGAAGAGCUCUCCAUGAAAGUUUAUGAAGAAGUAGCGGAGGACUUCAAGGUGACAUACAUAUAUUCCCAUAUUGCAUCAACAGAACAUAAGGAAGGUACUGUAGCAUUGUGGUUGCAUUCUUUGAAUCACCGAAACUAUCCUGAUUUGCUUCCUAAGAACUAUGGAGAUACCAAUGGUGAGAAAUGUAUGGAAAUGUAGAAUGUAGCCGAGUGAACGUAGAACACUGUAAGACUCUGCACUGAGCAUUCACCCACAAAAUAUUUAUUUUGUUUUGACUUCAUUACAAGCAUUUGGUUGGUUUUCAAUUACUCAUUUCUAUUAUAGUUAGCUUUUGUUGACCGUUGCACGGAUUUUAUUUAGAAUACUACUUAUAAGAACACAGAUUGUAUCUGGUUUUUAGGUGUUAUGCAGAAGCAUUUAGCAAACAGAUAUUGGAGUUCUUGUUACAUCUGAGUAUUAACCAUCUCAGCUUAAAGCUCUCUUCCUUGCAGAUGGCACUAGGGACUUCUUUUGUUUGAAAUGUUAUAUUUAUAUAAUAAUGCAAGCUUCUUGCAAAAGCAAAAUAGGUAAAGUUAUCUCCAGAAAUUUUAUUGUCGCUCUGUUUUUGGAUCAUCUUGUCCUGAGGAACUCUGUUUCACCAGUUAAAGAUUGCUUUUCUAAGAUUCGAUA